GCAGAGGACGCUUGGUGAAAAUCCAGACAGAAAGACCUUUGUAUCAAAAAAGAGUGACUGCUAGAAGCAACAAGGCAGAGGAGAAUCAGUCCAAAACCCUUUGCAAAACCUCAAUGGAACCACGUUUUGACUAUGAAUUUGAUCAAGAACUCCGCAAGGAAGAUAUUGAAAAACGUUUGAAUUCCAAUCCAGUUGUUUUCAAACGAUGUAGACUUAAAAUGGAAAGACAUGAUCAGGCGCAUGCCAGUCCUGUCGGCGAACCAACGCUAUGCAUCAAAAUCUGUGGAAGAGAAAAUGUGGGCAGGUCCUUUCCUGGAGAUGAAGUCUGUGUAGAAAUCUUGGACAGGGAGCAUUGUCCGCAGAAAGGUGAAGUGUUAAAUGGAAAGGUGGUCGGACUAAUAAAUAGAGAUGAAAACGCCUUAAUCUUCAUCUGCAAGAUGGUGGAAGAUGACCCAAAACUUGUUGCACCUGUUAACAAACACAUGACCAGAAUACGAACAGUUCAAACUAGUCCUGACUCGGGCAUAGUUGAAAUACGAGAGUACAAGAAUGGGCGCUGGGUGAAAAAGGAAACUGAAAGGAUUUCUGAGAAUAUAAUGUUGGUGGUCAAGGUUAUAAAAUGGGAAAAUGGGAAAACAUACCCUCUCGGAGUGGUCACAAAAGUAAUUCCAGAGUGUGAUGCUUUCAAAGAAAUAUUAGAAAUUGAACUUGGUUGUGAAAACACACCUCCACCAUUCAAACUACAAGAACCUAUAGAAGAUGAGGCUUUAUCCAGGACACAAUUGUAUGAGAUUUUCACUUUCACCAUUGACCCACCUGAAGCUGAAAACCUGGAUGACGCCAUAAGUGUGAAGGAAAUUAACUCUGAUCGCUAUCAGAUUGGUAUUCACGUUACAGAUGUCGCAAGUGUCAUUCCCAAAUAUAGCGAGCAAGACAAUUUCGCUAGACAGUGCGGCAAAACAAUUUACACUCCAGAGAAGGGAGAUGUAAAUUUCUUGUUUUCAAGAGACCUAAGGAAAAACCACUUGAGUUUGGUGCCUGAUGAGGACCGUAAAGCCAUAUCCUUGCUGGUAGACGUUGACAAGAAUACAAGCCAAAUACUAAACAUGGACUUUGAUCAAACCCUGAUUAGGUCUGACAGACAGAUGUCGUAUGAAGUGGCAGACGGAAUUAUUCAGAAGUACUGCUCGGGUGACUCUGAGCCUCUGCGGUUCUCUUGCGUCGAGGAAUGUUUGGCUGUUGCUUGCCGUUUCUCAGAAGUGCACAGAAAAUACAGGCUGGAAGGCGGAUGGCUGUUUGGGAGGCGGGCGGGGCAAAGUCGCUCUCGCGUCAUGGUGGAGGAGCUAAUGAAUCUCUACAAUAGUGCCGCAGCUGAAAAACUCAUCUCUACAGACGUCACAAGAGAUCUCACCCCACUGAGGUGCCACAGGGAGCCGGACCCCGAACAACUGACUCAGUUUAAGGAGAAAUACUCUGAGCUAAUUCUCAUGUCACCUUACUUUUCAAAUAUCUGCGGAGUAGAUACCGAUAGUGAAGAGGAAGUUUGGACCAAUCCACAAUAUGAAAAUACGGACCACAACGGCAUAUCUUUUAAUAUAUUCACGUCCAUAUUUAAAAAGAUGGAAGAGUUUGCAAAGAGCAAAGACUAUUAUAAUCUGAUGCAGUUGAUUUUUACAGAUGAAAUCCAUCCCACAUUUAACCCCAUGGCGUGGGAGUUUCGUGACAUUCAGAAGAAAGCUUUCAUCCUUCGGUCAUGUUCCUCGGUGGAUUCCAGGUUGGGUCACCAUGAUUUACAGCUAAACGCUUACACAUGGGCUUCAUCUCCUAUGAGGCGUUAUCUGGACCUUAUCCUGCAGAGACUUCUGCACACCUCAAUGUCUAAAGAGAUCCUAAAGCAAGCUGACUACACUCAAGUUGAAAUCAAUGGCUUCUGCCAAUCUGGAAUGGAUGCAGAAGAGAAGCACGAUUCUCUGGUGUUGGAACUAAACAAGUUUCAGUUUCAACCCAAAGAUGUGGUGAAGCUUGCAUUGGUGUCCCAGCUCACUCCACAAGGGCAUGAUUUCACUAUAUCGUUCCCGCUACUUUCUAAUUUACACGUCAUCCCCAUCAUGUACAAGCAUCUUAAAGUUGUGGAUCAGCCAAGAUACAACAGGGAAGAUAAUUCCAUGAUACUUCAUUGGAAGAGAAGAGUGUAUUCAUUCAGAAAAUCAUUCAAGAGUUUCCAUCUGUCAAAGCCCAUGACGAAUGUGACAUCGGUGUCAAGUAACUUGUGGAAAAGACUGGUACAUGCCAUGAAACAGCAGGACUGGAUUAAUAUUGAUCAAUGCCUCCAAGACAUGAAAAAAUGUAAGAAUGAAGAAAAGGAAAGGAAUACAAGUGAGGUAUGUUUAAACAAAGCAUGCCAUUAUGAAGAACUAACCAUGGAGCUAAAGUUGGGAGCAGUUGUUCAGGUGCAGCUUGGGACUGAAUUCAAAGAUGGCUUUCCAGUUCCUGUAGUUCAACUGCUCAGUGUUAAUCAGUGUUUUGAGGUCUGUUUGGAGCACACAAGAAACCCUAUUGAUUGUUUUUCCAAAACCGUAUGCAAUGCAUCAAAGUCUUUCUAUGAGAGCUACGAAGAGUACCAGAACAUAUGGAGAAAACUAUGUAAGAUAGACACCGCUUACAAUGCUUUGGAAGAAAAUAACAGCAUCAUUUUAGAGGAUGUUCCUAUAACCUGGAGUAAAGAUGAAACAAAUCUCCAAGGGUACUUUUAUCUAAACAAGACUCAGAAAAAGGAGUGGUAUCUGGAGUUUGAUCUUAGAAACUGUUUCUUGUGCAUCAGAUUAAGAGAUCAGAAACCAGAGAAAAGUGAACCUUUGGACCUGCAGGGUUCACUACCUUUUACAUGGGUUGCACACGCAGUAACCACAAAAUCAAAGAAAGAAGACAAUCAAGACAAAAAAACAAAGAAAGAAGACAAUCAAGACAAAAUUCAUUUUCUGAUUACAAAAAGAUCUAUAGGUUACAUUCCUCCCAAUGUUUGUGAACGGGAAACAAAAUUCACCGUCGAGGUCAUUCCCAAAAAAAUUCCAUUUUUGGUCAGAGAACGUGUCAUUGAAAAGCUAAAACAGGCUAAUGACUUGGUGAAGAAUGUCGCGACUGGAAAACAUCUUAAACAGCUGAAUGCCGAUGCUUAUACAAAUAUCAGCUUAGACCAUGUGGAUGAAAGCCUGAACCUGCCAUGUCUGAAUGAGAGCCAGAAGAAAGCUGUUGAGGAGGCUGUAAGGAAACCUUUCACGGUGAUCCAGGGCCCCCCAGGUACAGGAAAAACAGUGGUUGGUAUUCACAUUGUUUACCAGUUUUUCAUGAAGAACCAGGAAUUUCUGGCCUCUUUCAAAUCAACCCCUGGUGAGAAACCCUCAAAAAAGCCUGCCAUCCUCUACUGCGGACCUUCCAACAAAUCUGUGGACAUUGUUGCAGAGCAGUUGCUGAAACUCAAGGGAGUCCUAAAGCCUCUGAGAAUCUACUGUGACCAGAUGGAAAUGCGUGAAUUUCCAUAUACAGGCAGUGAUCUAAAGCUUUGCCGCAAAUCACUCCGUGAUGAAAAACCAAAAGAGGAGCUCAGGGAUAUUACACUGAUGUAUCUUGUUCGUGAACCUAAAAAUGAUUCCUCAGAAGAAAUAAAUAACUUUGAAAAUCACAUGGAUGAUAUAGACGUUUACAGGAAACGGCUGAAGGAAGCUCACAAGCGUGAGAUUGAGAAGUAUGAUGUAGUGCUAUGCACCUGCUCAACAGCGCUGAAACCUGAAAUCCUGGCGGUCAUGGAUUUUCAGCAAAUCAUCAUUGAUGAAUGUGCCAUGGCGACAGAACCAGAGGCCUUCAUCCCUUUAGUUUCCUACAGUCCAAGACAGAUAGUUUUGCUGGGCGAUCACCGACAGAUACGGCCGAUAGUGCAGUGCGCCCUCUUGAAAAAUAUGGGCAUGCAGCAGUCUCUGUUUGAACGCUACAUGGAUCUGGCCAAAAUGCUGGAGACACAGUACAGAAUGCAUGAAGACAUUUGCAGGUUUCCUUCAGAAGAAUUUUACGAAGGCAAACUGAAAACCGGAGCUGAACGAGGGCCCUGCUAUCUGCUUAACGAUCGUGGAAGGCCAACGGCGAUCCUGUUUGGCCACGUGCAAGGAAAAGAAGACAGCUUAGUGGUGUCUACAAAAGAAGGCAAUGAGAACUCCGUGGCCAACAUUAAGGAGGCAGAGCAGGCUGUCCGUGUGGCAAGACUGUUGAUUGAACAGUCAGGUGUGAAACCCGAGCAUAUUACGAUUCUGACCCCGUACAACGCACAGGUGUCCGAGAUCAAAAGGAUGUUAGAGAAGAAGCAUCUCGCGAAUGUCACUGUUUGCACAAUCAUGAAAAGCCAAGGAAGUGAGUGGCCGUAUGUCAUCCUGUCUACCGUGCGCUCCUGCUCCAUAUCUGCUAUAGGAAGUGGCAGACCAAGUAAAGCCUGGCUAGGAAAAAGACUGGGAUUCAUUACUGAUCCAAAUCAGGUCAAUGUCGCCAUAACUCGUGCUCAGGAUGGGCUGGUUAUUCUGGGUAAUAGUGCCCUGUUGAGAUGCUGUGAACUUUGGGAAAGACUCCUGCGUCAUUAUUGCGACAAACACUGUCUCGUGGAUCCGGCGAGUGACAUUAAAGUCCAAAACACAAUGUCAGCAGCCAAAAAGUAGUUACCCAAAUCCAAACCUUUGACAGACACCUUGCUGCUUAUAUAAAAAGUUACGCAGGAAACAAUGCUGUUCUUCAUGUUGAAACCCCAGCCAUAGACUGUGGAGCCCAUCUGUCUCUGUUUGUCAUGUUAGAGUAGGGGCGUAAAGGGGAAAGACAGCAUGUGCUUCAUACGCAGCAAGCCGUCUGGUAGGUUCUUGCCGUCCUGUCUGCAGACUAGCUUCUCCGGCCUUCAUCUCCCCCUUCUGGUGGACUUUGAGCAGCACAUGAAGCUCUUGACUGUCUGCAAGCAUCCAUCUUCCAAGCAUCGUCAUGCUAUGGCUUUCUUGCAGGAUGUCUUUUGGAUGUAGUGCAUAAAAACAGCUGCUGCCUUUUGGAGGAUGCACAGAUAUUCGGGAUUCCCACGCUUUUGAGAAAUCUCUUUCGAUCGCAGUGCAAAAAAAGUGAGGGUGCUGGGUUCGUGACUCGUGAGGCGGUCGUGGCCUAAUGGUCAGACUUGCAACACAAAGGUCGUGGGUUCGUGCCCUGGCCUGGGAUUGUAUGAAUGAUAAUCGCUCUCUUUCACCCUCAAUACCUCGACUGAGGUGAGACCCUUGAGCAAGGCACUGAACCCCACUGCAGACAAUUGCUUAUCUUAGUAUCUCUGUCUCGUUUCUUAAACCAAUCCUCAAAGCUGCAGUCCACAACUUUUUGAAAAUGUACUGAAUAUAUAAAUAAAUGAGUGCACCACGAAUCCAUUUUCC